UUGCAGACAAAAACGAGCUUGAAGACGAACCAGAACGACGAACAACAUUAUAUACACACAAAUCUUCACACCAACAACAUGUAUAUGCAUCAUGUAUAUCUAUAAUCUCUGAGUGAUUACAAUAAUUUCUCAAAAUAGGGCUUUAAGUCGAUUCAUUUCACGUCCUAUAUUUUCUAGGGCACAAUUUGUUUCCAAUUUCGAAAUUGAUCCAUUAUACACCAUAUCAGAACCCAGGAGUAUAGGGGAAACGUUUCUAAGCUGGAUAUUGUUGCACUGCUCUUCGCAAUUCAGGAACAAACCUGUAGGCGCUUUAAGUGGUUAUGCAUGAAUGUACUUCAGGAUUUGCGCUUGUAGUCAAUGCUGAGCGUAAUUCCAUGGGAGGAGUUGGAAUUUCUUCAACACCGUCUCUGCAGCAAUCAUCAGAUCUUGAGAAAACUCAAGCAGAACUCAGGCAAACAUUCACCACUGCCGAGAAGUUUAGAAGAGAAUUAGAGUUUUUACAGAAAGGUGGAGAUCCGUUAGACUUAAAACCUGUGAAUGCAACAUCAGUUAGCUUCCAAUCCACAUCCUUAAGAGGGCACCCUGAGCAGUUUGUGACGAGUGAAGCAAAAGGUAGUUUUGCGAUUACCGCUUCACCUCAUGGAGAUUCUGUUGAAAGUAGCGGUAGACUAGGGGCUCCUGAACCAAACAGUGCUGAUAAUCUUAUGCUGUUGAAAGAAUCAGGCGAUACCGCUGUUUUAGAACUGCCCAAAAAGUCGUAUAAACGUAGGAUUAGGUCUCGCCCAAAUCGUGAUCCUAUUCGACAUGCUUCCAGGGAUUAUAAAGGAUUAACACAUGAUGCUAAUGUGGCUCUAAAAAAUUCUAUCAGUCAUUUAGAAAAUGAAUUAGAUGGUUUGCCUAUAAAAUCUGACGGUGCGGAAGCCCCACUCACAACGGCUUCUAUAGAACCUGAAUCCGUUCCCACCAAUGGAAAUACCGAAGAGACAAAAAGUGUACCAAUCGGACAACAUUUUGAUGACUAUAAUGGGAAUGGUCUGCAUACCACUAAGCCAAUGGAACAAAAUUUGGGAAGUAAUGAUUUAGGUGCGGAAAAGCAUGAUAGCGCAUUAAAUAUUGAUCUGAUUGGAAGUGAUGAUCACCGUACUAUUAAGGAAGAGGAAGGAUUGAAAGGAUCUGAAUCUGUUGUGGGACCCGAUCCCGUUUCUCAAGAUGGAAAUGCUAAUGACCCGCCCGCUACUUUGACGGUCAACCAUUCGACUGAUGGAGCAGAGCAAAAUACAUGCUCUCAAGACAACUUGAAAUCGGCAGCAAAAGAGCACGAAAACUCAGUUUUAGAAGAAGCUAGAAUUAUAGAGGCAAAACGUAAGAGGAUAGCUGAAUUAUCUGUGAGAACUAUGCAUGUGGAGAAGCGUCUAAAAUCACAUUGGGAUUUUGUUCUUGAGGAAAUGUCAUGGUUAGCUAAUGAUUUUGCUCAGGAACGUCUUUGGAAAGUAACCGCAGCUGCUCAAAUUUCUAGAAGAGUAGCUUUUGCGUCGCAGGGAAGAUUCCGACAACAAAUUUCACUGCAGAAGCAAAAGGAACUUUCUCACACGUUGGCAGAAGCUGUCAUGCAGUUCUGGCAUAUGAUACAGGUGAAACGCAAGGGACCAGAGUCGCACUGCAAUGAAAAAGAUCAUGCAGUUGGGAUUCUGAGAUACGCAACGAGGUUCAUGGAGUAUAAUAGCUCUCAAGCUCAGUGCAAUGAAACUCGAGCACCCGUGACUCUCGAUAUUAUAUCUGAUCUAGGCAUCAUGGACCAUUCAUGGGAGGAUAAUUUGACAGAAGAGAACCUCUUUUAUACAGUGCCACCUGGUGCGAUUGAGGCUUACAGAAAAGCUAUUGAUUCUCAUAUGUUACAUUUUGAGAGAACUGGCACUAGCAUGCAAGAGGAAGUGGAUACAUCUUGCUAUGAUGCCGUUGCUGAUAACGAUGCAUUUGAAGAGGAUGAGGGAGAAACAAAUACGUAUUAUUCGCCAGGUGGAUUUGACGGUAGCAAAUCUACAAAGGCUGCUCAGAAACAAAGGACAAACUUCAAUUCAUAUGGUGCAAGAUCAUACGCAGCGGGUGAUGAUGUGUCAUUCAUGCAAUCUGUAGAAAGGAAGCGAUAUGGCAGUAGUUUAAAUGUUACAAUUCCAACAAAACGUGUUCGUACUGCAUCCCGGCAGAGGAUUAUAAGUCCGUAUAACGCAGGGACUUCUGGGCACAUACAUGCAUCAAACAGGACAGAUGCUUCAAGUGCUGAUACCAAUUCCUUUCAGGAUGAACAUAGUAUUUUACACGGUGGGGCCCAUAUUCCGAACAGUUUGGAAGCUGAGUCCGCUGGAGACUAUGAAAAGCAAUUACAGUUUGACUCCUUGGAAGUUUCGAAUAGACCUAAAAAGAAAAAGAAGGAUAAACAUUCUGGACCCACAUUUGAGCACCGUUGGCAACAUGAUUCUAGCUUUCAGAAUGACCAGAAGGAUCACUCAAGAAGGAGACUGGAUGCACGUCAAUUUGAUUCAAAUGGAAGUAGUGCGGUUUCUCAAAUGAGUAACAUGUCCAACUCAAACAAGUUCGUGAAAUCACUGGUGCGCGAUCGUGGUAGAAAAGUCAAAGCACUUAAGAACCCCGUUAGGCAGUCAGGUUCCGGAAGUGCUUGGUCAUUAUUUGAAGAUCAGGCCCUUGUUGUGCUGGUACAUGAUAUGGGGCCAAACUGGGAGCUUAUAAGUGAUGCCAUUAACAGCACUUUGCAAUUCAAGUGCAUAUUUCGCAAGUCGAAGGAUUGCAAAGAACGCCACAAAAUAUUGAUGGAUAUGAAUAACGGUGACGGAGCUGAUAGUGCCGAGGAUUCAGGGUCUUCUCAACCUUAUCCAUCUACUUUACCUGGCAUUCCGGAGGGCAGUGCAAGACAGUUAUUUCAGCGGUUGCAGGGACCAAUGGAAGAGGAUACACUCAAAUCCCACUUUGAGAAAAUUAUUAUGAUUGGACAAAAACAGCACUAUAGGAAGAGGUCUCAGAAUGAUAAUCAGGAUCCAAAACAGGUGCAGCAGCCUCAUAGUUCUCAUGCAUUUGCUCUUUCUCAAGUCUUUCCUAAUAACCUUAACGGUGGGCCUGUUCUUACGCCUCUUGAACUCGCUGAAGCAAUCUCAUCCAGCCCAGACGUUCUUCCAGCUGGCUAUCAGGGUUUUCAUAGCGGGGGGUUACCCGCUCUGAACCAUGGCCCUGUUGCACCAGUUCUUCCUGGUUCCACCUCAGCACCAGGUUCAUCCAACCCGGUUCAUGGUAGUAAUCUUCCGUCUGCAUCUGCUCAACUUAAUCCAUCUGUUAGGGAGGGAAGAUAUGGAGUCCCUAGAGCAGGGUCAUUGUCAGUAGAUGACCAGCAAAGAAUGCAACAGUACGGUCAAAUGUUAUCUGCAAGGAACGCUCAACAAUCCAGUUUGCCACCCGGGAAUGACCGUGGGGUCCGCAUGUUACCUGCUGGAAAUGGUAUGGGUGUCAUGUCUGCGGUUAACAGAAACAUGAAAAUGACUAGACCAACUAUGUUGAGUUCUGGCUCAUCAACACCAAGCUCUUCCAGUAUGCACACUGGGCCCGGAAACCCGAUGUUGAGGCCAUGUGAUUCUACGCAUAUGAUGCGGGCAAUUUCCCCACAACAGGCUCCACAUCAUUUUCAAGGACCUUUAAAUCAUCAUGCGAAUCCGGCUUUGGCAAUGAGAUUAGCUAAAGAACGACAACUUCAGCAACAACGCUUACUGCAACAGCAGCAAUUGAUGCAUCAUGUACAACCACAAGAGUCUCAACAUCCUGUUGUUUCAUCUCCGCAAAGUAGUGCUGCUGCACGAUCUACGUCUCCACCUGUGUCCGUUUCACCGUCCAUGACCCCGAAGCAUCCUGGGCUUGUGAGGAACGCUCAAACGAGUGGUAACCAGUUAGUUAAGCAGCAGAGACCACAUCCACAUCAGCAGGCUAAGCUUAUGAAUGGCUUUUCGGGAACAGAGAAAGCCCCGCAAAGUGGCCCAAACGUAAACUUGUAUCCAAGUUCAUCUGCUGGCAAGCAAUCAGUACCUCAACAAAAGACGUUAAAACGGCCGUUGGAUUCAUCUGAUAAUAGCAAGAAUCAAAAUCAUGGUCCAGCGGGACCAGCGGUGGUUUCGGCUUCAUCCAACCACCUACUGCACUUAAAUCAGAAGUUGGCUAAUCAAAAACAGGCAACGGCUCAAAAACUAUUGCUGCUUAAUCGGAAAGUCAACAUGGCUGACCAGACUACAACCAAGCAAGCUGAGUCACCAAUGUCUCAGCCAAGUACAGCUGUCACAAUUCCUAAUCCACCUUGUAAUGAUGCAAAUAGUAGUAAGACUGAGACCCGUGUUGUUUCUUCAGCUGCACCUGCAGAGAGUGAGCCAUCUGGACCAUCCAUGAACCAGGCUACCGUUCGUAGGCAGACUUCGUCAGACAACUUGCCUAAUCUUGUUGAACAUGAUGCGGGGGUACCGCAGCAGCAGCAGCAGCAGCAACCCUCAUAACUACUAGUUCCCAACUUACCUAUUAGCUGUAGAUCGGAAGUAGUUAUGGGGCAUACCCUUUGGGUUGGGCUGUCAUUCGCAUGUAAGAGCAAAUUACCGAUGAAGCUCAAUUCCGUCAGGCAAAAGAUGGAAAUAGGCUAAAAUUUUAACUAAUGUUGACAGGGCUAACCCUUGGGUGUUUUGUGUAAAGUCAUGAGGAGAUGGAGGGUGAUAAAGAGUUGUGUACAGGACCUCCAUCUCCGGUUAAAAAAAGCAUUUUGUUUAUUAUUAUUAUUACUAUUUUUUUAAAAUCUUUUUGAACCCUUAGAUUAGCCCUAUGUAUUAGUACCCUUUUUUGUAAUAGGUGCGUAGUUAUUGUUAUUGGCGGAAGCGUGGGGAAAUUUUUGUGAAUACUAGUUCAUUUAGUGUAUACUUGGAUCAAUCAUCAAUGUCAUUAAAAAGCUUCAUUUAGUGCAA